GUGCCAGCCCCUCCGAGGAAGCGGCGCAGCUUCCUGCGGCUCGGGCCGGGGAUAUAGGCGCCCCCGCCCGGGCCAGCUCAGCUCCGCUGCCCCUCCUCGCCAUCUCACCCAAGGCGUGAUGGCCCCGCUCCGGGUAGAGCGCGCCCCGGGUGGAUCUCGGCUUGGUGUGACCCGCGCCCAGCGGCCGACAGCGUUGUGCCUCCCUCCGCUGUUGCUGCUGCUGCUGCUGCUGCUGGGCGCUGUCUCAGCCUCUCCGGAGUCCCUGAACCAAUCUCUUCCGGAGUCCCAGAAUCAAUCUCAUCCCACUGAGGACAGCCUUGUGUCAAAAGGGAAGAUGGAAGACUACGAAACACAUGUCCUACCUUGCUGGUAUGAGUACAAGAGUUGCAUGGACUCUGUCAAGGACUGGUGCAACUGGACUUUGAUUAGCAGGCAUUACAGCGACCUGCAGAACUGCUUGGAAUACAAUGCAGACAAGUUUGGGCUGGGCUUCCCAAAUCCCUUGGCAGAAAACAUCAUCCUUGAGGCUCACCUGAUACACUUUGCGAACUGCUCCCUGGUGCAGCCCACCUUCUCUGAUCCCCCAGAGGAUGUGCUCCUGGCCAUGAUCAUAGCCCCCAUCUGCCUCAUCCCGUUCCUUGUUACUCUUGUGGUGUGGAGGAGUAAAGACAGCGAUGCCCAGGCCUAGGGUCCAUUUCUCAGCAGCCAUUUUUCCCCCCUUUUCCCUGCUGGAACCAGGAAUGGCGCUCCUCCCCUCCCUACCCACUUACUCUCAUCCUUCCCACAGACCUGUGGAUUGGUGGAAAUGGCAGCAAAGGGGACUCACGACACAAUGUUUGUAGUCUUUAAAAUAAAGUUAUGUUUUUGUACAA